CUGCAAAACCAUUUUGGAGUGUCGAGCAGCGCCACCGUCAGCUGUUGAGCCACACUGGCGAUAGGUGGUGCUGUUCUUGGACAUUGAGGAGCAGGUGAUUGUGGCAUGGUGCUAUGAAUUUCUCUUCUCUGCUACACUUUCAGUCCCUUUCCAGAUGCUUCUACUUCUUUCGCCCAGCAGCAGCUCAGAGGCUUGGCCACCACUUGCGCACUCCCAAGAAUCUCACUUCCCUCCAUUUUCCUCCUGUAAAAUCCGCAAAGGGAUAUUGUAAUCUAUCCACUAGUGUUCACUCAGCAUUACCGGUACUUGUUCAUGCCAAUGGAGAUUUGCUGAUUGAUUCAGGAAAGCUUGAAGAGAAAACAGUAAAUACUAACCCUUCAAAUGGUAGAGUAAUGCUCAUUGAUGGCACAUCCAUCAUUUACAGAUCAUAUUACAAGCUUCUCGCCAAGUUACACCAUGGCCACCUGACACAUGCUGAUGGAAAUGGAGAUUGGGUGCUGACCAUAUUUACGGCGCUUUCUCUUAUAAUUGAUGUGUUAAAGUUUGUCCCUUCCCAUGUGGCGGUGGUGUUUGACCACGAUGGAGGUUCAUUUGUUCAAACUGGUGUUUCAUCCAAAGAGAGUUUUAGAGGAAAAGGCAUGAACUUUCGUCAUACUUUGUACCCCGCAUACAAGAGCAAUCGCCCCCCUACACCAGAUACCAUUGUUCAGGGACUUCAAUACUUGAAAGCAUCCCUCAAAUCUAUGUCCAUCACAGUGAUUGAGGUUCCAGGUGUGGAAGCUGAUGAUGUGAUUGGAACAUUGGCUGUUAGGAGUGUGGAUAAUGGUUACAAGGUACGGGUUGUCUCCCCAGACAAAGACUUUUUUCAGAUCUUAUCUCCUUCCUUGCGUCUUCUACGUAUUGCUCCCCGUGGCUUUGAGAUGGUUUCAUUUGGAAUGGAGGACUUUGCUAAAAAAUAUGGAACCUUGCAACCCUCUCAAUUUGUUGAUGUGAUGUCACUUGUUGGUGACAAAUGUGAUAACAUUCCAGGAGUUGAUGGAAUUGGGAACGUUCAUGCUCUGCAACUCAUAACUAAAUUUGGUUCGUUGGAGAAUUUAUUGGAGAAUGUGGAUCAAGUUGAGGAGGAACGAAUCAGAAAGGCCUUGGUAGCAGGUGCUGAUCAGGCUCUUUUGAGCAAGAACUUGGCACUAUUACGUUGUGAUCUUCCAUUCUACAUGGUACCAUUCAAUACAAACGAUCUGGCAUUUACGAAACCUGAGGAUGAUGGAGAGAAAUUCACGAGUCUCUUGACUGCCAUUAGUGCAUAUGCGGAAGGGUUUUCUGCUGAGCCAGUCAUAAGGAGAGCAUUUUACUUAUGGAACAAACUAGAAAACCAUGACCAAGUUUCCUAGUUUUGAAGUAGGACGGUCUCUGGAGAAGAGUAAGAAGCUUAGGAAACACACAUGUAGCAUAAGGCCCACCAUGGAUUUUGUUUGCACUUUGCAGUAUUUUGAUACUCUGGUGUACAAACUCAAAAUAGCAUCUGAACACGAUGGAAUGAACUGAUCGCUGAAGGUACCGAACCCGAUGUAAUCUUCGUUUAUUAAUGAAGUUACUGUGAUCA